UCUAGGCUGCUACACCUGGGUGUCACCAUGACUGUGUGCAAUGUCUCCCUGGGGCAUCCUCCUUUCUUCAUUCUCCAAGGCAUUCCCGGGAUGGAGGACAAACACAGAUGGAUCUCUAUCCCCUUCUGUUCCAUGUACUUCAUCACCAUCCUUGGGAACUGCACCAUCAUCUUCAUCAUCUGCACAGAGCGCUCCCUGCACAAGCCCAUGUUCCUGCUCCUCUGCAUGUUGGCCCUCACAGACCUGGGCAUGUCCACUACCACCAUUCCCAAAGUGCUAUGCAUCUUCUGGUUUAGACACAGUGAGAUCAGCUAUGUGGGCUGUCUGGUCCAAAUGUUCUUCAUUCACUCCAUAUCGGCCAUGCAGUCUGCCAUUCUGAUGACCAUGGCCUUUGACCGCUACGUAGCCAUCUGUGAGCCCCUGCGCUAUGCCACCAUCCUUUCCAAUAGUCGCAUUGGGCUCAUUGGCUUAGUGAGUUUAGUAAGAGCCAUCCUUUUCAUUCUGCCCAUGCCUGUCCUCCUCCAGAAGAUGCCUUUUCAUGCGAAUCAUGUCAUCCCCACCACCUACUGUGAACACAUGGCUGUGGUGAAGAUGGUGUGUGUGGACACCACAGUCAACCGGAUAUAUGGUCUGGUGGUGGCCUUGUUGGUUGCCGGGCUAGACAUCUCAGCUAUCGCCUCCUCUUAUGUGCUUAUCAUCAAGGCUGUCUUGCGACUGUCUUCUAAGGAAGCCCACCACAAAGCAGUCAACACUUGCACCACUCAUAUCUGUGUCAUGCUUAUCUCUUACACGCCCUCAUUGUUCUCUUUCCUCACUCACCGCUUUGGCAGGGGAAUUCCACUGCAUGUGCACACCAUUCUUGGAAGUCUCUACUUCCUUGUACCUCCAAUGCUCAAUCCUAUUAUUUAUGCAGUGAAAACCAAGGAGUUUCGGGAAAAACUGAUCAAAUAUGGGUACUGGAAGAAGGAGCUCAAAACCAUUACCCAUGGUCCGAAGCCUGUCUGAUCAUCCAGCACUGGUGGGAAAGAGAUAAAAAUGUUAUCCAGAGGCAGUUUCCAGGAGAAUUGGCUCAUGGCAGAAAAGUGGUGUACAUUCAGAAUGAGUACUGGAAUCCUCAGACGCGGAAGCUAAAUCACAGAAGACCACUUUGCUGUCAGUAACUCCAAAGGAAGGCUGUCAUCCUUUGUGAAAUGAAAGUGAUAUAGUCUCUGCAUUGCUGGCAUGGUGGUUGGGCAAAUUACAUGUGAUCAUGUGUGUAGAAGGACCUGAAUACAAAACUUGCUGAACACAUGUGAAAUAAGAUGGAAUGUUUCCCCUUGCAGGUAACAUAUAACAAACAAUGACUUGUCUGCCAACUUGCCAUGCAAAGGCAAGGUGUGAUGGGAGCGAGUGUGCAUUUCUAUUGGGGUGUGUAAGGGGAAGUAAGAGGUAUAGUUUGGGGACAGUAGGAAGGGUCAAGGAAAGUACAAGACGGUAUUUAUAGUUACUCCAUUAUUUCAUUUGCUAGCCGAUGUUUACUUAGAAAACUUUGUUGUGUCCAUGAAGAACCAAGGAAUAUGCACAGGUGACAUAAUCUGUAACAGUCAGAGACAUUUCAGAGGAAAGGGAAAAAGAAAAGUUCCUGAGCUUAAAAGUUGCUAGGUAUUUGACCUAAUUUUGUCCUGGUAAAACCUCCCAGAGUCCUCUCUCCUGCUCCUCUCAAUUGAUUCACUGUUUGGUAAGAUUCUCUUAACAAAGAGAAUUUCUGAGAAUGUCCCGUUAAAGGUUUUUGUUCCAAAAGUCGGUUUUAUCCUGGAACUCUAUGAUUACAGACCUCUGCAAAGCAAUUUCUGUGGGUGCCCACGAAGAUGUCCUGAACAGGUAUUCAGGGCGGCUGUGGAGCUCAGAUCCUGUGCCCAGAUGUUGGAAUUCGUUACAUUCACAGGACAUUUGUUUCCAGCUCUAGAGAAUUGAUGCGGAUGUAAUGGAAAGUAUUAGAAGUUGCGUGAUGUUUGAAAGCAGAAAGAUCCUAGUGUUUCUAUCAUGUUGUAGAACUAACAUAUGAGGCAGACUUCAGUGAAAAAGAUGCCUCUCCUUAAUGCCACAUGGCCACCAUUUAGAGGAGACUCCUACAGUUCGUCCACUGGAAGGAAAUACAUGAAAUUUCUUCAGAAUGUUGUGCCCGCUGUAAGAAAUAGCAAGAAAUGUUUGCAGAACCCUGAACAGUUGAAUACCAAGGAGGGAGAGAGCUAGGACAUUUCAAAACUUGACCUACGGGGAUAAUGUUCAGGAGAAACAAUGAGGACUCACUAGACAGUGCCUUUUCUAUGGAUGGAAGAAACAGGAGCAGUGUGGGGGGAGGAAUAGGUUUUUGCAUGUCAGCAAGGAGUCCUCAGGUCAUACAUUGAAUCCUCCUUCGAUAUAGACAUCAUUCAAACCAACACAAAACCCUGAGCAGAGUGUUCUAUGGUUAAUAAUUUAAUUGUCAAAUAAGUAGCAGAGAGUGAACACGCCGGGGCACCCAUUGAUCUGAAGUGCUGUGGCAGCAGAAGGCUGGUUUUGCUCAGAACUGAGAGUGACUUUCUUUUCAUCUGGUUUGAAGAGAUUUUCAGGUACAGAAGAGAGUCCACCUGCUGUAAAUAUUUUUACAUUUAUUUUUUCAUGAGCUACUCUAUAGAUAUGAGAAGCCAUUUUUGUUUCACUGAAAUUAAGGACUAAAACUUUAUUAACGCCUGAACACAAUACACUAGGAAGAAUGUAUGUGGAAUGCUGGCAGUAGCAGCUGAUUCUGGAAAAUUAUGGGGAGCUAGAAAAUCAGAGAUGGCAAGGGAAGGGAGCCCAAUUCUGUCUUCAUUUCUCACUGGGCUUUUUUCCUUUUUUACAAGUGUUAUUAAUCUGUGAUUGAUUGUUCUUCCUGUAGGGUGGGCUUCAUUUCUCUCCUGAGGCCUUGCUGGAAAAGUUACUGAGGACACACAUGUGAACUGACUAGUUUUUGUCACCUUUAUAGAAAAGGUGAAAAACUAGAAGGAUAUUCAUACAUUUGAUACAAAACACAUAUAAAACACAUUCUGCUUUCUGCCAGGUAUUCUAAUCUGAACAAAGGCCAGUUCAUUUCAUGUUCCUUUUCUCCAUUAUAUUUGGAGAACUUGAGCCUUGAUGUGUCUUAACAACCAAGUAAAAAAUUAUAAAUAUUUCUAUGAAUGAAUAUAUAAUGUUUUAUUAAAAUAAAUCACUCCUAAUAACCUGUGAGUACGGCAACAACUGUCACUGGAGUCUGAGUUCCUGGCACAGAAGAACUAGCAAUUUCACCACUGGGGAGUGUAAGCUGGGUGCCCCAGAAAGCACGGCCUAAGACACAGCUUGGAUAUGGGCAGUUUCUUGAGACAACCGAUCGCACAGGAUGGGUGUGCACAACAGGUCAAGUGAAAGCUGGAAAAAAGUAAAGCCAAUACAGGGAUUUUUUUUUUUUUUUUUUUUUUUUUAUCAAGCUGCACAGGACUAGAGGAGACUGGUGUCCAACAUUGCUAGGACCAACUGAAGCGCUUUAGGAAAUGCAUUUCAGAAUUGUUGUCUUCAAGAGAUGAGAGGAUUUUACCUGUGGCUCCUGUGUACUCAUGUCCUCAACCCUAGUCAUUCGAGGCUGUAUGCAUGACAGCAGAGCUGGGGGCUGGUGUCCAUGGCAUGGAGUUAGGGAGGCCGCAUGGCUAGGAGCUCCAGGUACUAGGUGUCACCUGAUGUCUACUAUCUGAUCACACCUGCCUGGAAGUGGUCCCAGCACCGGUGGCUGAAUAGUAUGUGUGACCAAGGGCAUUAGGCAGUGGCAUGGAGUUUACCUGCUGAAACAGUCCACAUGACUGAGACCUCACCUGGUCUGUGAACUUGCUUUGAGAUUAACAGGAGCUCCCUCCUUGAACCCAUCCAACAGAAUUGUUAUUUUAACUUUAAGCUGUUACCAGAAAUUAUCUAUCUUUAUUAUGAUUAAUUCAAUUUCAACAGUUAUAAUCAACUGAGGUAACCUUUGCUGGUAUUCUCUAAAAAUAUUCCUUAAAAAUAUUUUAAAGAGCUCCAGAAAGAGUUUCUAUACAUGUACAUGG